AUGAAUUCCUCAAAAACUUUUGCUGUACUUUUUAUCUUUUUCUUCGUUCUCAUCUCUUCCACAAAUGCUCAUAUAGCAUUUGUCAACCCUCCAUUUAGAGGAAAUGAUGCUGUAAAUAGUAAAAUACCUCCUUGUGGAGGUUCUAAUGAAGUGAAUACUACUGCUAUAACGGAAUUUCCUCUUACAGAUGGUCAAGCUACGGUUAAAGUCGGUCACGGUACAGGUGUUUUGCUCUUCAACUACGCUCCUGAUGUCAAUAGUACUUUCCAAUCUGUAGCAGAUAAUGUCACAGUUGACGUUCCUCAUGAUUCAGGUGGUAAACAAUUAACCGCCUCAAUUAAUCUCUCUAAAGCUGGUGCAAAAGUUGGAGACCAAGGUGUGCUUCAAACUAUUUUCAUUGAUGGAGGAGUGAAUUUUACCUAUCAAUGUGCCGAUCUCAAGAUUGUAGAUGCAAAAAGUGCAAAUGCUAACGCUAAAUCAGCAUCAUCUGUUUUUGGUAUAUCUGAAGUCGCUUACUUAAUAAUCGGCUUGACCUCUUUUGUUAUUGCUAAUUUAUAA